GAAUGUUUAUGCUGUGUCACCCGCAGCCGAGCUGUUCUUCGCAGUCCAGAUUAUGAUGGAAUUUGCACUGUUUAAGAGAGCGUAGAACAUUCUUCUGAUCCAUGGCAUCUUUGUGGACAAAAAUCUCAGCCACCCUGCCUUCUAAUGAAGAACAGUUUCCGCUGCAGUUUAGUGAUAAAGUGCCGUUAAGUGUGGUGGAGAUGCUGAAACGGGCCCGCCAGCAGCUGUACGGCGACACGACGAGCACCAGACAAAUUCUCACUGCUCAGAUCAUUUUGGACUAUUCAUGGGAGAGACUUAACACGGGAACAUGGCGCCAUGUGGACAAAGAGUGGAGGCGUGUUUACUCGUAUGGCUGUCUGUUCAAAGCAGCUGCGAUCUGUCGAGGGAGUCCAUCAGAUGAGGAGAUCCUGCAGGCCAUCAGAACAUGUGACAUGGGUUUGCUGAUGGGUGCAGCCAUCAUGGAAAAUAUACUUCAUGUCAUCGUUCGAAUUCUGCAAAGGGAAAUAAGGACAUUGGCUAAAGAAGAAGAUAAUCAUGAAGACAUUGAGGCAAAGAAAAGGAAGAUUGCAAGCCCACAUGUUGGUCUAAUCAAAGACGAGUUGUCAGUUCCCAGAAUUAAGUGUCCUUCACUGGAAAGCUUCAAUGCAAACUACCUCCUUCCCCUCAAACCAGUGAUUUUAGAGGGGAUAAUUGACCACUGGCCUGCCCUCCACAAACAUCCCUGGAGCAUCGAGUACUUGAGGUCCGUGGCUGGCUGCCGGACAGUUCCCGUCGAGGUGGGCUCCCGCUAUACAGACGAGGACUGGUCACAAACCCUGCUUACGGUCAAUGAGUUCAUCGACAAAUACAUUUUGAAUAAAGUUUCAGAGUCUGAGAGUGAUCACAAAGCUGUGGGUUAUCUCGCUCAACACCAACUUUUUGAUCAGAUCCCAGAAUUAAAGGAAGAUAUUCGCAUCCCGGAUUAUUGCUGUCUUGGUGAAGGAGAUGAAGAUGACAUCACAGUAAAUGCGUGGUUUGGGCCUAAGGGUACGGUAUCUCCUCUUCACCAAGAUCCCCAGCAGAACUUCCUGGCUCAGGUAGUGGGAAACAAAUACAUACGGCUGUAUUCCCCAGAGGACACAGAGAAGCUUUAUCCUCACGAAUCCCAGCUUCUUCACAACACCAGUCAGGUGGAGGUGGAGAGUCCAGAUGCUGAACGCUUCCCUGAGUUUGUGAAGGCACCGUACCUCGAGUGUGUCUUACAGCCUGGAGACGUGCUAUUCAUCCCUGUCAAAUACUGGCACUAUGUCCGCUCUUUAGAAAUCAGCUUUUCUGUCAGCUUCUGGUGGUCAUGACUUUAUUUCAUAAUAAAACACGUUUACUAUCAAUUUCGCUGCUAAAGUUUUUACCCAAUGGAAGGCUAAUUUCCUAUAAUGUUACAUCAGACAAACCUUUGAAUGCUGAACACACACUGCUAAGUGAUUAGUCUCAAUUUAACUGCUGAUGACUGAGACAACAUUUACUGUGUGCAAAGCUAAAUGCUGCACAAACUAACCCAAAAUCCUACAUUUAUUAGUCAUCUGAUUUGAUAUUAUUUUCUUUGGAAAUUGGCUUAUUUAAUUGUCUACUCCACCUCAUUCAUUCAAAUAUCCUACAACGUGUGAUUUCCAUAAUUCUGGGAAAAUGAGACAAGUCCUCAAAUUUAAUAACCCAGUGAACUACAGGUACAGAACGGUUGUAACUCUGAAUAAACUGACAGUCUGAGGCAAUCAAGCAGGUCACAGAAGGAAAUGAUAGAAGUAAAUGAACCAAUCUCUUGGGCAUACACAGACUCCGAAAUUAAAACAGCUUCACUGGAUAAAAGCCCUAAUAGUGAAAACUCAUUCUCUCGCAUCUAAAAACACAAUAACUGACGACACAGAGCGCACGCUGCGCUUUUCAAGGCCCCAGUCGUGCAUGCUGCAAGUCCAUUUCAAUCAGAUCCACCUAUUAGGACUGUGAGGAUGUGGCAAAAUGAAGCAGAUCAGCCCCGGUGUGCACAUUUGUUCAAGUUAUCAACCAAAGGUGCGGCAGGCUGAAGUGGUGCUUCGGGAAAUCAAGCUGGUGUUCGUCGGGUGGAUCCGAAGGGCUGGGGGAACGCUCAAUUAAAACAAAAGCUCGAUAAACACAAACAAGAUUCAUAUGUUCUUUGUCGACAUUGUCUUUAACUUGACUGAACAUAGGCUGAAUUCUGUGCUUGAGACUUUUAGAACUACUCAUGCAUUAAAUAUACCAGGGCUGAGGUAAUAGACUUAUCCAAACUGAGCUACACUCCUUACAAGGUUACUCUACUAAACUAAUAACACAGAUCAUGCUGGGAUGUAAUACUGGGGCCAAAUGCUGUAAACUUUCAUUAACCCUUCCGUUCUUUGUUAUAUCAGUAAGUGACACAACUGACUUAAGAUUUCACUAACCUGCUUUCUCUCAUUAUAACUUAAUCAAUACUCAAUUACCUAUAAAGUAAUGUGAGACCUGUGGGCUUCUGACCUUUUCACUGAAACUGAGCCAUGCAUGCUCCUUUUUGAUUAAUAGCAUUAUUGAUUUUUAAACAAAUCUGACAAAUUGGGGUUAAAAUUAAGUGAUUCGGCUGGGGAGAUUGGCUACGAGCUGGAGGUCCAUGUUGUGGUCAAUUAAAAUUUAAUUUAAAAGACCACAAUUCACAACAGUCACAGGAGUGGUAGCCAAAGAUUGCAAGGUAUGUGUUUAUAGAGAGCUAAGGUUAUGUAAGUUUGUCAAAGUCAACCUCAAUAAACAUCUUCUCUGUUUUCAGAGUUGUUGAAUACUAAAUCAUCUGAGUUUCAAUGCACAAUAUUACUUAAUAAGCAUAACAAAUGUACUAACAGUCACUGCCAUCACAUUUAUUUUAGAAAACCACAAUUUAAUCCAUUAAUUUAAAAUAAUGCACAAUAUGUAAAAUCAUUUAUUUAAUGUCUUUACAAAUGUUUACAUAGGUUAAAUGUAUGUUUUUAAUAAUACCAGUACAUAUAGAUAUGUUCAAACAUACAUAUUAUUUAUUAAAUGUGUGCAUUUAUAUAGAUUUCUACAUGAAGCAGAUAAUAAUAAAUAAAAUAGAAGCUAACAUCCUAGAGUAAAAGCCUUGUGAAUGGAACCCCUAAACAUAAGAUCUCUUAUCUGAUGUUAAGAUUUUUUUUAAUAUACUAAUAUAUUCACACACAAAAAAAAUACAUAACUCAUUUUAUGUAGGAAACACUGUCUUUUUGCAAUGAUCGGACUAAUCAGACUUAAGCAUCCCACCAGAAUGUAUUGUGAUGGUCAAGUGUUUGAAUUAACUCUGGAAUAUUGAUUAUGCACUCAUUUUAUAUAUAAUUUAAA